AUGUGUGACAUAUUUCCAGAUGUGGAAAAUUGUUGUUUGAUAAUAUCUUUACGAAUUGGAAUGCUGUUGAUAUCGGUUUUGGCAAUUAUGACAGGUGUGGUUGGAUUAAGCGCUGUUGAACAAAGGUCACACAUAAAUUAUCAACAGAUUGAAGAUGCUUCUCAUAUAACGAAACCUGAAGAAGCAAUGGCCAAACUCGGUGUGCUCGUCUCCACAGGGAUCAGCGUGAUGUCAUAUCUGUUCAUGAUUAGUGGUCUCUGCUUAUUGUUCGGUACUUUGACGGACGAAGAGGGAGUCGUCCAAAUAUUCGUCUGGGUGAUGUUUUUUAAUGUCAUCCUGGGUUUCAUUAUGGUGGUGGCCACGGCGUUCGAGUGCCUCGUGAAGAAUAGCUGCUUAUUGAGCGGACUAGAUUGGCUGUCCGCUUCCGCGUUACUGGUUUUAAUCGUUUGCUAUUUAUUCUUGUGGAUAUAUUUUAUCUGCGUCGCCAAUAGUUACAUCAUGGGAAUUUAUACUUAA